UUGACUAGUAAGACUUCCGGAGUCAACAGAACGAGCGUGAGGAAAGUUUUUAAUUUGAUUUUUUUUUUAAUUGUAAAAAGUAUGCAGGAUUUUAUUAAAUGAAGACUUUGAACUAGCGCGAAUGGGAAAGGUUGUUCUGAAGGAAAAACAUACGUCAACAGGAAAAAAAAAAAAGUGAGCUGCAAUGUCUUUGCUUGAGGAUGCACUGGAUGUGCUGCGGAUGCUGCUAGACUAUUUUGGAGUACCUCCAGAAGUGCUGAUUCCAGUGUGGGACAGUCCACUGUGCGGACAAUAUCGCAGUAUUGUGAGAAUGAUCGGCUCCAACAUCCCUCUGACACCCACGCCACGUGUCCACUUUCAGCUUCCACUCACCUCAAGGCCACAUGGUUAUACGGAUGUCGCCACGGAAACUCCAACCGUCCCAUCGUUCGCUGACGUUCUGUGGGUAGUUGAGGACGAUGGGGAUGGAUUUGCGAAAAACAGGGAUUAUCGACCGCUAAAGAAGUCUCCGCGACGACAAGUGGCGGGAGUUGGGUGCGUUGGACAAAAAACGCACCCAGAAGCUUUGGAGAAAAUAUCGGCGCUGGAGAGCGAGCUUUUUAAGCUGCGGGCUCAGAUAGCCAUUCUUGUCACUGCCACUCAGGCCACGGAUCUCCCAGGGUCGCAAAAUAUGAUGUCACCUGUCCCAGGACCGGCUCUCACAUCCACGCCCCGCCCUCCUCCGCCGCCACCUCUUCCUCCUCCACCAUGUCCCAGCUCAUCGUCUGUUGGCGAGCUGAUCCGACGACGCAAGUGUCACGGGAAGGACUCAGGGACGAAACAACUCAACGCUGUUCAGCGCAUGCCCUCAAUGUUGGAUGUACUCAAAGACUUGAAGCAAGUGAAACUGCGCUCGGUGGAGAGAUCACCAGGUGGCACGCCAGUCUCAAGGAGCCACAGCAAAGGGGGCCCGGCCGUUUCGAACGACCCGGCGAUUCUGAUUGCUGAGGCCCUCAAGAGGAAGUUUGCUCAGCAACGUCACAACGAUUCUUCAGACAAAGAGAAUUCUCUGGAUAGUUCGCCAAUAGGCAGUCCGGAUUCACCCAAGAUGUUCCACCACGCUCGUCGCAGCAAGGGGCUUCUCCAUUUGUGAUCGUGUCCGUGAACCCUGAAAAUCCCGACGUCCGUUCCCACUUCUCCAGUUUCCACAGGUUUUGAACUUUUUUUUUUUUAGUUUUGAUUUCAAGCGGCGCUCGUAAGUGUUCUCGCCACUCAGUGAUCUCCCUUUUAUGUUGUUUUUCAAGUGUUUUACCGUACGUUGUAUCAAACUGUUAUAUUUUAAGGUGAAGAUAAACAGACCAGUGACGUUAAUUAUUUAUUGGUAUUGGUAGGCCUACAAUGAUUCAUACGUUGAUCAGAUCUUGAUUUGACCUCAAUGAUGAUUGAUGAUGUAGUGGUACCCACGCCUGACUGGUGCAGGCAGCGCGGGAUUGAUUGCCGCUCAGCGAUGGCGUCAUUAUGGGUCCUGCGACUGACUGGCGACCAGUUCAGGGUGUAGUCUGCCUUUCGCCCGAAGUUAGCUGGGAUAGGCUCCGGCACUCCCACGACCCUAGUGUGGAUAAGCGGCUUAGAAAAUGGAAAUGGUAUGAUUCAUUUUGGGCACAUCUGUUGUCCUCGUGUUUAUUUACCCGCUGAGAUAUAUUAUUAUAAAUUAAUUCCAAGCCCCAUAACACCCAUUUAUGAUUUCUGAUGUU